AUGGUGUACUUUUUUUUUCUCUCUCUCUUCUUCCUUGGUGCUAGAGGUGUCACUCGAAAAUCUUCCACAUCUGAACUUUUCGAAGUUGGCAAAUAUUUACAUAAACAACUAUCUCUCAUUCUCCUUCCGUCUAUACCUCUCUCUUUCCCACGCUCUCUCCUUUCCUCUCUCGCCUUUUCUCUCUCUCUCUCUUCCUUCCUUACCUCCCUCUUCCUCACACUCUCUCCUUGCCUCUCUCUCUCAUCUUUACUAUCUCUCUCUUUACGUUCCUUACCUCUCUCUUUUCCACACUCUGUCCUUCCAUUUCUCUCACCUUUUUUCUCUCUCUCUUUUCCUUACUUCCCACGCUCUUUCCUUCCCUCUCUCACGUUUUCUUUCUCUCUCUAUUUUUCUUCCUUGCCUCUCUCUUUCUCACACUGUCUCCUUCCGUCUCUCUCACCUUUUCUCCCUCUGUUUUUCUUCCUUAACUCUCUUUCCCUCACUCUUUCCUUCCGUCUCUCUCACACCUUUUCUCUUUCCCUCUUUCCUUCCUUACCUCUUUCCUUCCGUCUCUCUCACACCUUUUCUCUCUCUCUUUUUCCUUCCUUAUCUCUCUCCUUCCGUCUCUCUCACCUUUUCUCUCUCUCUUUUCCUUUCUUAACUCUCUCCGUCCCUCUCUUUCACCUUUUCUCUCUCUGUCUUUUCCUUCCUUACCUCUCCGUUAAAAACAAAUCAAUCAAAAAUCCUCCCUCUCUCGUUAUAUCCCUCUACUUUUCUCCCUCUCCCCCAUCCUCUCCUCCACUCUCCUUCUCUCCCUCUUUCCUCUCUUUCCUCUUUCUUUAUCCCCCUUCCUUCUUAUUUCUCUCUCAUUCCCUCUUUCUAUCAAUCUGUCUCUUCUCUUAG